AAACUGGAACAUGUAGGCAGCUAGUUGGGAGCUGGGGUUCAAAUGAGAAAUCUUACUUAGUCAGAUAGGGCAAGUGUUGGCUUAGAUAUUCUGUUUUGAGGUAGUGAGCUACCUAUCACAGCAGGAGCACAAGCAAGGUUGAAUGACAGGAGGUCAGGAUGCUUAAGAGUUUGGCCUUGGUGGGGAGUUGGAAUCAGGUUUCUACCCCUCUUCCCUGUCCCAACCUUUACCCUAUACUAGUAAAGAAAUAGACCUUACCAUUGUCCAGCUUGAGUAGAGCAUGAGGUUUUGACCAACUGGCCUGUCCCCUGGCUGGGAUCAGGGGUGAUUUGGACCCUGAUCAUCCUAGAAUGAGCCAGGAAAAUCCAACAGGAGAAGCGGCCCCAGAAGCCUGAAUGAGGGGGUCAGUGGCACCCUGGGCCAGGCUGCAGAAGGCAGCCUCAGUUUUCCCUGUCUGAAGAACGGGUUGGUGGGAUGAGAUAAUGGGGGCUGAGGAGGCAGAGGCUUUGACCAAAAGGGCUUUAAAGUGAGGAAGUGACAAGUCAGGGAUAGACCCCACACCCUCAGGACACCCCUUCAUAUAUUACCAUUCCAUAGCCACAUGCAAACACAGACACACACUUUUGCCCUUGUUUCUGCAUCUCUGUGUUCUGGGUCUGUGGUUCCCGCUCUCUUUUCUGCCGCCUCCUUUGUUGUCUCUCUGUCUAAAUUCCUGUCCCACCAUCUCUGGGUCAGUAGCUCUCUUUCUGUCCCUGUUUCUCACUCACUGUCUCACCCAUUCCUGUGUGUGUUUCUUUCUCAUUCAGCAAAGCUCCUUCCACACCCCCCUCUUUAUUGCUAAGUAUUUCCCCGUGGGUCCCUCCCUCUUCUCCCACACCCAUACCCAGGUGGAAGUUUUCAACCAAAUCAAAGGCAGGCAGGACAGAAGCCGAAGCUGAUGCUGAGCCCUUCAGCACACACAGGGAGGGAGGGAGAGCCCUGGGGAAGUCUGGAAAUCGUUACCCAGCCCCUCACCCCUACCCUCUGCUGCCGAGGUGGGCUGUCCUGGCAGAGGGAGGCGGUGGCCAAGAGGGCCGGGACCCUAUAGGAAAGAGGGAUGUUUCUCAUGGAUGCCCUGAUGCUCUGAGUAGCUCUGCCCUCCUCUCCCUCUGUUCCUCUAUUUUUGGGUCUCUGACCACCCCCCGCCCCAGGUCUCUGUGCCCCUCUCUCUGCUGCUCCCUCUCUGGGUCUCUGGGUCUCAAACUCUCUGAACUCUGUACUUCUAUUGCUCUCCCCCGCACUUUCUGCCCUCCUCUCCCUCUGGGUCUCCGUCCCCACCCCCACCCCCAUUUCUCUGAGUUUUUGUGCCCCUUUUGGGGUCUCUGUACUCUCUCAAAAUCCUCCUCUCUCCUGCCUGGGUGUCUUUCUCACUCCAUCCAUCUGCACGCCUGCAGGCCCUUCAUUGGCUGGGUUUAGGGUGGGCGGGUUCUGUCACCCGGGGCAACAGCAACAACGAGCCGGCUCCUGCUAGGCUACGGGGCGGGGGUGGGACCAUGGCGGGUCGGACCCUAGCUCGGCGCUACGGUCCCCCACGGUCCCCCAUCUCUGGGACCAAGGUGCCUGGAUCCCAGCCCAGCUGGCAUCUCACCAGCAGUGGCGUCGCCCACCACUGUAUCCCGCCCGUGCCCUCUCCCCCGCCCACUGUGCAGUCCACGGUCGCGGAGCCCCUGCUCCUGGCCGCAAAGCAGGAUUUGCAUAUUUGGGCUUUCGACGAGGUCACCAACAGAUGGGAGACAACCUCGGGCUCGGCUCACGUGCCCAAGACCCACGGCGGGCCCUACGCGCAGCCCAAGGCCCCAGAACCUGCGGACCGCACGCGGAUUGUGGGGAUCAAGGAUGUAGCGGAAAAACUCAGACACCGCGGCUGGCGCCUCCCUCUGAUCACAAAGCACCAGUGCAGUGAGACGAGGGCGCAGUACGCCGGCUGGCCCAGCCUGGACCGGGGCGCCACCUCCUUCAUCGGGCCCCAGCCCCUGGAGCUUGCGGACCACAACCGCGGGGGCCCUUCCCAGGCUCUAAUCCCCUGGACGAAGAACCCCGAGCUGGCCGGCCGGCCUUUCACUAAUUCUGACCAGGGCAUCCUGGACCGCCGUCAGCUCUAUCUGACCACUUCGGCCCGGGACUUCCAGGCCUAUUCGAAGAAGGAGUUGUCAGGCUACCCUCGCAAGGACUCGAUGACUUCCUGGAGCUUCGGGGAGACGCCCCAGGCCUGAGGCCCCGGCCCGAAACAGCCGCCCGGUCCGUGCUCCUCUCGGCCACUCCGGCCGCCGAAAAUCCGCGUGCCCCGCGCCCGUCCGGUGAUGCCAGUCGUGCCGCACCGCGGGGCGCUGUCUCUGGCUCAAGAAUCCUACAGCCCCCCGCUGCACCCACUCCGCCGGCUCGACCGUUUCUGCCCGCUGGAGCCGCCCUGGGGCGGCCCCCACUGGAAACCCGAGUCAGACAUCUACAGCGUGCCGAAAGCCUACAGCACCGAGAACUUCAACUACGGCAGCUUAAAGCCGGCGCUGGCCUGA